CAGAGAGUUGCGAAGCCUCCGCGGUUCCUAGAAGGUACUCGAGGACCGUCGGCUCGGCGCGCGCCAGUGAUCCGGGCGACAGGCACAGGGACGUUCCGCGUCGCGCCCUCAGCUUAGCCUGAUGGCCGGGAGCCUGCCCCAUCUCAGAGACCAGGCCAUGGAAGUCGUGUUCCUGCCAGUCCCGUGGGAGGGGUUGCUGUCCUUUGAGGACGUGGCUCUGUACUUCACCAGGGAAGAGUGGGACACACUGGCCUGGGCUCAGAAGGACCUCUACAGAGACGUGAUGCUGGACAACUACAGAAACGUGCUCUCCUUGGGAUUUCAGUUUCCCACACCUGAGGUGAUCUGUCAGCUGGAGCAGUGGGAAGAGCCGUGGAUCCUGGAUCUACCAAGAGCUGGGACUAGGAAGGCUUCCGGUAGUGCCUGCCCAGGUUCUGAAGCCAGAUUCAAGAUGGAAGAGCUAACUCCAAAGCAGAACAUUUCUGAAGAUUUAGAGUCAUGUAAGAUGUUGGUGGUAAAGCAGAAAACAGCCAGGAAACCUUUAGAAAAGUUACUUGAAUGUAACAAAUUUGUGGACCUUUACGGACUUUCACGCCCUACUAUUGGUGAUGAAUGCUGUAAGGACUUCCUUCAGAACCUUAACCUUAUUCAAGAUCGGAAAGCUCAGACAAGGACGAAGCAGGGCAAAUAUGAUGAGUAUGGAAAACCCUCCCACCGGACAUCUCUGCUUUUGAAGCAUAAGCGAAUUCUUACAAAUGCAAAAUCUUACGAAUGUAGUGAAUGUGGACGCGUCUUCCGGCGUCAGGCAAAUUUUGUUCGACAUCAGAGAAUUCACAGUUCAGAGGAUCCCUUUGAGUGCGACAUAUGUGGGCAAGCCUUCAAACACAAGUCCGCCCUGACUGUCCACAAACAGUGUCACUCACAAAAAAAGCCAUAUAAGUGUCAUGAGUGUGGAAAGUGUUUCCGUCAGAUGGCGUAUCUGGUUGAACAUAAGAGGAUCCAUACCAAAGAAAAGCCCUAUAAAUGCAGCGCGUGUGAAAGGACGUUUCGUCAGAAUUCGACCCUCAUUCGACAUCAGUUAAUCCACAGUGGAGAGAAACCCCAUAAAUGCACUGAAUGUGGAAGAGCCUUUGGCCGGCAUUCAACCCUCAUGAGCCAUCAACAGAUUCACAGUAAACAGAACACUCACAAGUGCAGCGAAUGUGGAGAAUCCUUUGGGCGGAAUGUAGAUCUCCUUCAGCAUCAAAGAAUCCACACCAAGGAGGAAUUCUUUGAAUGUAGAGAAUGUGGGAAAACGUUCAGUUUUAAGGCAAAUCUGCAUCGACAUGAGGUCAUUCAUACCGGAGAGAGACCCUACAGGUGUGACAAGUGUGGGAAGUCUUUCAGUUGGCGCACAAGCUUUAUUAAGCAUCAGGGUACUCACAGAGAGCAGGUACCUACGUGACAGAAACCGGAAAAGCUACCAUUUAAAGACCAGGACUUAACCACUCUUGCAAGUACGUGUUUUUAACUCAACUGUUUUACGAAAAUUAAUAAACAGGAACUGAAAUGAUUUUCGUGGGGACCCUCUCUUCAUAGC